AAUUCAGAUAUUAAAGCCGAAAAAUAUGUAUCGGUGCAACUGUAAUGACGUAAAAUUACUUAAGGCCUUCCUUAUGCUGAAAGGAAGAGUCCCUGAUCGACUGUAAACAGAAACAGAAUGUUUCAUUUAUGUUGCUAAAAGUGUGUAGUGAUAAACAGAAUUGUUAGCUGAUGCAAUCAAAGCUGUUUUAUUAUAAACAGCUUUUGACCAAUCAGAUUCAAGGACUGAACCAAUCUGUUUUCUAAUGAUUUAAGGAUCAUAAGAAAUAGGUUUUUAUUCAUAAUGUAAUUGUUGCAGGCUUGGGUUGGAUUAUAGAAUUGGAAAAGCAGGAGCUGUACAGUUAGCUUUUUUGAUAAUUCACACCAUAUAAUCAAGGAUUAAGUUGUGACAUCUAUGCACUGUCCUUUCACUGACCUUUGGUCAAGUUACCAAAUUUUUGGCUUUGCUACAUAUUACCCACUCUCUUAUCUCUGAACUCUCGCCUGAAACACUAACACUGAACUCUCACAAUGUCUACUAGUUUCAAGACUUUGGUUAAGAAUGCAAAGCAAGUUGUCUUGGUUUGUACAAACGGUGAAAAGUACCUUACCAAAAAUGGGAUGCAGAGUCUGGCUAUCAUUGAGAAUGGAAGUGUGGUGAUUGGGCUUGAUGGACUAAUUAAAGCUGUUGGACCAGCAGACAUCAUUGAGUCUCAAUUCAGAGGAACACAGUUUGACCAAGUUCUGGAUGUUUCUGGCAUGUGUGUUCUUCCAGGUCUGGUUGAUGCACAUACACAUCCAGUGUGGGCUGGAGACAGAGUGCAUGAGUUUGCAAUGAAGCUGGCCGGUGCCACAUAUAUGGAAGUGCAUGAAGCAGGAGGCGGGAUUCAUUUUACAGUGGAACACACUCGCUCAGCACCUGAAAAACAUCUUUUGGAGGAGCUGAAAAGCCGCCUAGAGCGUAUGGUAAGAACUGGAACUACUGUGGUGGAGUGUAAGAGUGGCUACGGACUGGACCUUGACACCGAACUGAAGAUGCUGAGGGUGAUCAACUCAGCGAGGAAGUCACAGUCAAUCGGGAUAUCGACAACAUACUGUGGAGCCCAUGCAGUACCCAAAGGUAAAACUAUGGAAGAAGCCACUCAGGACAUUGUGACAGUGCAGUUGCCUGUGCUAAAAAAACAAAUAGCUUCAGGUGAACUGCAAGUGGACAACAUUGAUGUAUUCUGUGAGAAAGGCGUGUUCGAUUUGAGCUCCACACGUCGCAUUCUUGAGGCAGGCAAAGACAUGGGUCUCAACAUCAACUUCCAUGGUGAUGAACUCCAUCCCAUGAACUCGGCAAUACUCGGGGCAGAACUUGGGGCUUUAGCCAUCAGUCAUUUAGAGGAAGUAACAGAUGAGGGCAUUGCUGCCAUGGCAACUUCUAAAACAGCAGCAGUCCUGUUGCCCACCACUGCCUACAUUUUACGGCUUUCUCCACCACGUGCCAGAAAAAUGCUUGAUUCUGGGGUUAUAGUAGCUUUGGGUAGUGACUUUAACCCUAAUGCCUACUGCUGCUCAAUGCCUAUGGUGAUGCACUUGGCCUGUGUGAUUAUGAAGAUGUCUAUGACAGAAGCUCUAGCUGCAGGUACCAUAAAUGCAGCGUAUGCCCUUAACCAAUCGAAUACGCAUGGAUCGCUUGAAAGCGGGAAACAGGGAGACCUUCUGAUCAUCAAUGCACCACGGUGGGAACAUCUGAUCUACCAGUUUGGGGGCCAUCAAGAGCUUAUCAGAUACGUCAUUAUCAAAGGAGAUAUUGUUUACAAGAAUAACAAAGUAUUGAUCCUUUAAAAUUGAGCAUCUAGCUGAUGAAUCUCAACACACUACAAAAGAUUAUGUGGUAAAAUGUAAUUAGCACGAUUACUAUAUUUACUUAUUAACAAAAUAAAUAAUAAUAAAACA